GACGGUCUCCUCGCUCUUUUACCUAUGUUUUGCUGCUUGAUUCAGGGGUGUCGGGGCGGGAUACGAACCCGGGCGGGGGUUUCCGCCUCGCCACAGCCUCUCGCUGCCCACCGUCGCGGGAUAUAACCAUAAAACUGGUGAAGACCCCGUGGUUCACGCCGACUCCUCCACCCUAGUGCAUGUAACUCAUUCCUGUAAAGCUUGCCGGAAGAGCUUGAAGACACUACUACAAGAGUGCUUGCUGGAAGACCAGGAUAACACUGCACUAGGAGAGUCCUCGCUGGAAGAGCGUGAGGAUAUUGUAGGACAAGUGUUUGCUGAAGGAGUGUAAGGAUACUACACAAUGAGUGCUUGCUGGAGCAGUGUAAGGAUACUGUACUACGAGUGCUUGCCAGAGGCGUGUGGGGAUACUGUCAGUGUCCGUGCCCCACGUGCAUCACCACGUGUCAUUCGUGUGUUUGUGGAUCACUAGGGACUACGGCACUCCAUCUCGGACAGGAAGCUCUCAUGUACCGGAGGUCACGCAGUGCCUGUUUUUGUUUCCCGAAGCAUUACAUGGAUCUUUUGGUUGACAGAAGAUACUGGACAGUAGAGGGGAAGUUCUCAAUGUGAUGAAGGCUCCCGUGAAACUCGUUUAAUUUUUCAAAUAUCUGAUGACUGUGGUUGCUACGAGAGGUGGCAGGGGCAUCCCACAUGAGCUUAAAGAAAGUGGCUUUAAAUAUUAUCACUGGCUUUUAUUAUGGUGACUUAUUGCUGCUUGCUAUAAAAAAUUUAUAUGUUCUCCAUCUUUGGUGUAUUGUGAUGAUAAUGAGUAAUUGAAGAUGAAUGCAAAAGUUGAAAUAAUUCUUUAAAUUUUAUCCAGUAUAGUACUGUACUUUGGUUAUAUUAUGUCAAAUUGAUUGUUUUGUAUAAAACAUUUUUGUUGUCGAGAUGAAUAACCGAGGCAGAGAGGAUGUGGAGUACCACCAGGUGUUGGCCAGUGUCUCUUGUCACGACAGCCCCGUCUCUAUGUUCAAGCAGAGAAAUGACAGCGGUUCGUCUCUUGUUUCCGAGUCUGGCAUGGUUGCCAGUCUAACCGUGGUUACCGAUGAUUGUUCCAUCGGUGGGGACGUCACAAAUGAGAUAGUCAUCACAGCAGAUGACAGUCUCACCAUUUCCUCUGAUGGAGACUUAACUCCCAUUAAACAGGUAGACAGUGGAAGUAACACAGACAGUCUACAGAGCUCAGAAGCAGACAGGACCUUGGAGGGCCAGAUCAUGUUCCUACACCAGCAAGAGCAACAGCAGCAACAGUUGCAUCGUCAGUCACACCAGCAGCAUGUCCAAGGAACAACACAGCAGCAGGUCUUGAUGGUGCAGCAGUCUCAGCAGUUACAGCAGUCAACACAGCACCAGGUCCUGACAGCCAGCACCCCACAGCAGCAGUCGUUGCAGCGAGCUCGCGGCCAGUCGGGCGAGGUGGCCAUUAGACCUAAUAUUAGUGAGAUUGUUUCUACAGCUCUGACGACAGUUACUGCCAGUAGCCCUUCUUCGGUUCCUCUCUCGAAUACAAUCUCAAAUGGAACUGUACGUAUAAAUAAUAUGUCGGUCAAUCUAUUGGCAACCCCAACUACCGUGAACACGACAGUCGAGCAACCAAACAAUGGACCGUGCAUGUGCUUUGUGUGUGGCCGCCACUUGUCGGAUCCCACCGAGAGAUUUUAUUACUUGAAAACACAAAAGUUGUUCAAUACUCAGGUGACGCUUCUGGAGUUGUUAAGUGAUGUGCUAAACCAGAUGGUCGUCACCAACACGUGUGCUGUUGACCUGUGCUCCAGGUGUUCAGAGCUCGUCAAUGAGACAGACAGUGCAUAUACUCACUUGAAUCGUCUAAAAAAGCAAAUUAAUGGACUGUUUAACAACAAUCAGCGGCCCAAGUUAACAUUUCAAGUUUUGCCCAAGCCAAAUAAUCUUAACACAGCAGGGACAAGCCCAAUACCCAGAUUAUAUCAGCCACCAGACCUAAAUUUAGAUGACUUGGCAGCCACGCGUCCGCGCCGGGGGAGGCAGGGUCGUAAAACGGCUAAAAGGACGGAGGACUUGGGCAUGGAAUCAAAAAUCAAUAUUAUUUCAAUCAAGAAGAAGGGAGGCAGACCACGUAAACCUUUUGCUUGUCAUAUAUGCAAGCGAAAGUUUUUGACAAAGGAUACUGUGUCUAGUCACAUGGUGAAGGAACACGACGUCAACCCCGUUGGUCUAGCCAAACCUAUACUGGGAUCCCGGGGCUCUCCAGAGUCUGUGAAUGGCAUACUUGAUGAACGGAGAAUUGGUACAACCAGUGCAGAGAUGCAGCAAGUUAAAUUGGAACAGGAUGACAUGAAAGACAAAAUUCCACUAAUUUCUAUAAAGAGCAGUCCAGUGAAGAUUGAAACCUUUCCUAUGAAUCAUUUGGGUUCUGUCACAACAAUUAAUUCCACUGGACGGGCAAUUAAGCCAUCUCUUGUUCCCAUAGCUCCCAAGGUGGGCACUGAUGCGGCAUCUCAGCUCCUAGCAUCCAUGCGUCCAAUUCAACCUAAACCACAGACAAUGAUACAGACGGCUCCAGAUGGCUCAAUGGUGUUGCUGAUGAACCCCACUGUCGUGGAUUCAUCUCCGACCGUUAUUAAAGUAACUCCUGGAUAUAUGAGCCUCAAACCUGGUCCCUAUGCAUGCGACAGGUGUAACAAAACCUUCCUCGACGAAAAGAGCCGCAGGAUGCAUCGCAUUGCUGCUCAUAACUGGAGAAAGAGGAAGAGAGAUGAAGAGGACGACGAGGAAGAUGACGGAGGGGAGAAGCGAGACGGCCACGAAAAGUUGUGGCACUGCCGUUUGUGUGAAGCUUCCUUUACCAAGAAAAAGACUUUGGCAGAGCACCGUAAGGCUGCUCACUCUCGAAUUGGAGACAAUGGGAAUGGCACUGACUCCAGAAAAGAUCGCAUUCACUCUUGUGACCAGUGUGACCAAAUGUUUGGCUACAAGUAUGAGCUGGAGCGCCACAAGGAGACACACGUUCCUUAUACUCAGAUGGGUCCUCACGAGUUUGUGUGUUGCGUGUGUGGGCUGAAAGUGGCAAGUAAGGCUGCACUGAAGAUUCAUCUGCAUCGCUUCCAUAGCAAAUAUGAGGAGACGAAGGACUUCUUGUGCUCUGAAUGCGGCUAUAUGGCUUCUACUAAGAAGGCCUUUACCGAUCACCAACGCAUUCACAGUGAUGAUCCUGGCCCAAAGGUCCGUUGCACGGUGUGUCAGAAAGAAAUGUUGGCAUCAUCGUACAAGAUCCACAUGCUGAGAAUGCACGGUGAAGCCAAACAUCCGUGUGAAACAUGUGGCCAGAGAUUUACGGUGAGAUCAGACCUCAUGCGGCACUUGAACACUGUUCACUCCAACCUGCGGCCUUAUGACUGUGAUUUGUGCGGAGAGAAGUUUGCCACCUCUGAUGCUUUGCGGUAUCACCGCAAUAAGACACACUCGACGGUGCUGCACUACUGUGAGUACUGCAACAAGAGUUAUAAGUGGAAAGGAGAAUUACGGACACACAUACAACGCAACCACAUGGAGCACAAGGAACGAUUCCAGUGCUCUCGCUGUUCACGCAACUAUGCAGACCGUCGCAAACUCCGACACCACAUGCUGACCAAGCACAGCAUACCAAGAGAGAUGACGUACUUCAAGAGUUAUGAGCAACGUGAGAAGGCACUAGUAACAUACAAGGCUGGGGGCGACCAGAUCCCCUGCAGUGGAUACGAACCGCAGGGAACCCUGCUUCCUCCUGCACUCAUACCUAUCACACCUCAUUCCUCCAGCCACCACAUACAGCAACCCGUUGUGACCCACCCGCAGGAGGUGAUUCAGUCGCAGCCAUCCAUCGUCACCAUACCUGUCUACCACCAACACCAGCAUCACCCGCAGCAGAAUCUCCAGCAUCAUGAAGGCAUUAUCGCAUCUCAGCAACAUCAGCAACUUCAUCACCAAACUGGACAUCACACCCUUCACCCUGCAUCACAUCAGCAGCAGCAGCAUCACAUGUCAAAUGACGUCUACAUUGUUCCAGAUUUAGCUGUACCUUUACAUGAAGAGCAAGUUACCACCUCCUAGAACAAGGCCAAAGGUGUUAAAUGUGUUCAAAUACAUAUCUUCACACUGUAUUGUGAAAUCCCGGUGUUGCCCUAAUAAAUACACCAACCCACGAAGCGAGCAUCACACAUCAUCUGUAUAUAAUAUUGUAUUGAUUAGUAAAUUUAACUAAUGAAAAAUUUUAGUGUCGAGUCUCGUGGUAACACGCUAAAAUAUCUUUGAUAAUGUAGGUAAACUGCGUAGCACAUUGUGUCAUUACUUUUGAAUUGCAGGAGAGAGAUCUCUUAUAAGUUAUGUUUUUGGUAACAUAACUCACAAGAUUUUUUUGUUUUCUUUUUUCUUAAAAAUGGAGUGAUGAAUAUUACUCCAUUUUACUUUAUUAUGAAUAUUUUUAUUUUUGAUAUUUGGUCACUAAUUCUACUGACACCCAAAGUAGUGUAGAAGCCUAAUAAUUAAAUUGAAAACAGACCAAUUCAUCAUACAUUUAUUGUUUGAAGUAUAGGAUACCGCCUUCUGCAGUUUCUUACUAACACUGGAAAUGUUAGUAAAAUGUAUGUCGUACUAACACUGGAAAUAAUCCAACAAUUACACAUCUAUUAUGUUACCUGGUAAUUUGGCCAUAAGUUAACAACACGGUUUACAAACCAGUAUUUACCCAGGUUUUUUUUUAAUCAGUUUAUGUAAUUUGUAGAUACUAUUUUGUCAUCUACUUUGUGUUAAUAUAUUUGACAUCUCAUUAAUCUCCUCCCUUGUUAAACAUCUUUUAAGCUUUCAUAAUUUCUCCUCAUAUGGAAGGUUUCUAAUUCAUGAGAUCAACUUUGUCAUCCUUGUAUGUACCCUUUUAAGUGAAUUAAAGUCUAAUCUGGAGUCUGAAAUUUAACUGCAUAAUAUAAAUGGGGCCUAACAAGAUCAAGAUGAAGAAUAGCAAGUUGUUUUAGUGCUAAUGAUUCUAGAACUAUAUCCCAGUAUACACCUAACUGGUGCAGGUGAGGAGUCACAAUAACGUGGCUAAAGUAAGUUGACCAGACCACACACUAGAAGGUGAAGGGACGACGAUGUUUCCGUCCGUCCUGGACCAUUCUCAAUUCGAUUGAGAAUGGUCUACCUAACUGGUAUUUCAGGGGUCAUGCUUCAGCUCCUGGACCUGCCUUCACUUAACUAGGAUAGUUGAACUCCUCCUUAUCCACUUUUCAGUCCAUGAAUGAAGUCAGCUUUUACCGAUUUAUGAUUUGUGUGUGACUAGCCUGUGGCCAGAAUUUCCUGGUAAUUGUUCGAACUUGAGUAAAAUGUCAUUGAGCAGACUUGCCAUAUGCCGAUCGAGUGACUUACUUCACCCGUCUCAAAGCUGUGGACUCUUCAUACCAUUCAUGUAGAAUCGUGACUGGGUAUUUUAACUUCAUGUCGAUUUUCCAUGUACAAGAUAUGUACCGUAUUUGCCGACAGAGAGGGCGCAUGUUUUUGGUACUCGACCAGUUGAACAUACAAGGUACUGUAUAUUGUACAGUAUUUACAUGCACAUAAUCAUUUGUUUUUCCUUACAGAACCACUUGAAAAUUACUUUAAAAAAAUGUAUGAUGAAACAUAUUACAAAAAACCCUUGUAAAUUAUGGGCAUCUUGUAUGCCGACAAAUACGGUAAUUGUACGAGACACGUGCUUGUAUAAGAUGUACACAAGUGCUUGUACAAGGAGCAUACACAUGCUUGUAUAAGCAUAUGUACAAGUGCUUGUACAAGGAGUGUACACAUGCUUGUACAAGAUGUGGACAUGUACUUCUACGAGACAUGAACAUGCAUGUGUUUGGAAGAGACAUGGACACUUGCUCGUACAAGACAUGGAUACGUGCUUGUGCAAGACAUAAAAUUUAGUGAAAAACAUUGUAUGAAGAUAUACAACAAUGACAAGUGGGUAGUGGAUCCAGUGGCAUUUUUUUCUAUUUUAUAUGAGACUGGCAUAAUACCGAAGGUUAUAAUGUCAAAUAAACUUGUGAUACACCAAGCUAGUGAUCUCAGGAUAUCCCAAGCUACUGAUACUGGGACACCCAAGGCUUUACAAGAAUAGACUAUGUUCCAGGGAUAUUUUUGUUAUAAAUGUUUUCAGUCGAUGCAUCUUUUCGUGGAAUCAACAAAUUGCGUGAAUUGUCCAGCAUUCAAUACCGGUCCAAGAUAAUGUUGGCAGGGCCAUACGUGUCAUUUAUAAGAGGAUUGGAUAUCAAACUUAGACAUUAAUAAUAGGUAUGAACUUUGUUUAAAUAAAUUUUCCCAAAAUUUGAACCAUAAUUCAUACUUUGUUCCACCUUCAGAAGACAAAACAACUAUACAUACAUACACAUCCUUACUAACCAUACAUACAUUAUUAUCACUGUUAUCCAUUUACAUUACAGUAGGUGGAGGCAUUGGCUCAGAGAAAAAAAAAAGAGCACAAGUAUAUUGACAGAAAUGCUAUGGAUAUAUUAUAAAAAUCAUAUACAUGUAUCACUGGCAUCAUAGGAAAAUAAACACUUCAUUAUUCUUGUUAUUUUAUUACUGGCAUUGUUAGUAAACAUGAAUAUAUAA